UCUAGCAGAAUAUAACUUAAAAUCCAAAUAGAACUGAUCCAUAGUCACAUUCACUGUGUGAAAAGAUUCAUUCAAACUCUACUUCUCCAUACACAUUUUUGUGAAGGAAACAAAUCAGGUAAAAAGACUUACUUGAACGGUAUCAAAUUCCAACCAUUAUUGCCUGACUUCUUUUGUUACAUCCUUGAUGCUGAUAUACCCCUACUAUGUGACAAUCAAGGAAAUCUUAUUGCCAAAAUUCAGUGGGAAAUGCUCGUUUUCAAGAUCUAUAGCAAAUUAAUUGUUCACUUGCUCCUUCAAAAGGAUCUUCCUCAGGGCCAUUUUGAUACCACAAACCAAAGAAGGAAUGGGGUUGGUGCAGGAGAAGGAAACCGGUUUGAAAUCCCGUAAGAUUUGGCUGUUGGGAAUGGGAGCUGUGCUGAUGCAAUGGGAUGUCAUAUGUACCCCUUGCAGUCAUUGGAAACAAAAGCCAUGCAAAUGGUUAUAUUUCCUCUAUUGAUUUUGGAAACUACGUGUGUGAGCCAGCUUCAAUUUUUGCUUCACUCCAAACUGGAUGUUCCCCCUUGUCAUAGUAAUAGCUGUCUCUGUAACUCUGUGCGCGUGCUUGCAUGCGUGGAAAGUACUUAUUCAUGGUGAAAGCGAGAUAAGCUGCUAUAAGUUCCAGUUAAUGUAUUACAAGAGACGCCUUAAGGGAAUGAGAUGUCGUGCUCAAGAACCUGGACAGAAGAAAGCAAGAACUGAUAAUUCUGAUCCAUUUGCUGUUCCUAAUUUGCUGGAGGAGCUGAAUUGUAGUAGAUUUGGAAGUGUGACCGACGAAAUAAAGGAUCUUCUUGCUCGGAGGAGCCAGGCGAUCAAUUCUUAUUUUCGAAUGCAUUCCACUGAUUUAGAUGUAGAGAAGAAGCUAACAAAAGAGGAAUCACAAGAGAAGCAGCUGGAGACUCCUUUGGCUCUUCCGGAUGUAAUUCUCUUGGAGGAUAACAGUGUUGCAGAUCAUGCUGUAACUGGAAGAUUGGAGGUUGUUCAUAUCGAUUCGGAUGUUGAAGAGACAGGAGAUCAGAGAAGAUUGGAGGUUGUUCAUAUUGAUUCGGAUGUUGAAGAGAAAGGAGAUCAGAGACCCUUUAACCCAUAUCGGGAGCCAGCUGCGGAGUUUCUCGUGGACGAUUUUUUGGAUAGGGAUUGGACUCAGAACCAAAGCAAUGAUGAUCCAAGACUUUCUGGUGAAACUGAGACCAAGAAAGACAAAGGUGUUUAUGUUGGUGUAGAGGAUGAUAUCCAAAGUGAGGACAGCAAUUGCCAAACUGAUUCUAAUUAUGACGGUCUGGCUGAUAUUUGGAAGGAAAUGAAUGUGGCAUUUGAAUGUUGCAAGGAUACUACUGAAGAUCCUCUACCUGAUGAACUUGUAAGAGAGGGGCUAGAUGAAUGUGACCAUACUUUUGUGUUGAAGGAUGAUCUUGGUUAUGUUUGCCGAAUUUGUGGUGUGAUCCAGAGAGGAAUCGAAACCAUAAUUGAGUACCAGUACGCAAAGGGUGCAAGGACUACACGAACAUAUUGGUAUGAAGGCCAGAGUAUGAAGGACAUGGAACCUACUGAAAUCCUUCGUGAUGGGGUUAAAUUGUCAGGACAGGAUUUCAUUGUCAGCGAAAUCUCUGUUCAUCCCAGACAUAGGAAGCAAAUGAAACCCCACCAAGUGGCGGGCUUCAAUUUCCUACUGAGUAACUUGGUUGCAGAGAACCCAGGUGGCUGCAUCAUGGCCCAUGCUCCAGGCUCUGGAAAAACUUUUAUGAUAAUAAGUUUCAUACAGAGUUUUCUUGCAAAGUAUCCCAAUGCUAGACCACUGGUGGUACUACCAAGAGGCAUCUUGGCUAUAUGGAAGAAAGAAUUUCAAAGAUGGCAAAUUGAGGAAAUUCCGCUCUAUGACUUUUACUCCGCAAGGGCGGAUAAUCGUUCUCAGCAACUGGAAGUGCUCAAAAAAUGGGAAGAUCACAAGAGCAUUCUCUUUCUUGGGUAUAAGCAAUUUUCUUCUAUUGUAUGCGAUAAUGAAACAAACAAGACUUCUGCUACUUGCCAAGAGUUAUUGUUGACAUGUCCAUCCAUUCUCAUAUUGGACGAAGGUCAUACUCCUAGAAAUGAGGACACUGAUGUCCUGAACUCCCUCAAGAAAGUCCGGACCCCGCGGAAAGUUGUACUUUCGGGCACUCUUUAUCAGAAUCAUGUGAAAGAGGUGUUCAACAUUUUUGACCUUGUUCGUCCUAAAUUUAUUAGGUGGGAUACUUCCCGUGCCAUUAUGAGGCGGAUCUUGAGCAGAGUGUCCAGGAAAAAUGUGAAAGUAAAAGGUUUAGAAAAUGCUUUCUAUGAAGCUGUAGAGUGCACGCUGCAGAAGGACGAUGAUUUCAAGAGGAAGAUAUCCGUGAUCCAAGACUUGCGUGAAAUGACGAGCAAGGUUCUCCAUUUUUACAAGGGAGAUUUCCUUGAUGAAUUACCUGGACUUGUUGAUUUCACUGUGCUUCUUGAUCUCAGCCCAAGACAGAAGCUUGAAGUUGAAGAUUUGAAAAAGAUAGGAAAGAAGUUCAAAAUUAGUUCUGAUGGAAGUGCACUUUACGUACACCCACAGUUGAGAUACCCCUUGAAGAAGUCUUCAUCCAGAGAAAGAGAGAGACCCGAUGAUACUGAGAUGGAUCAACUAUUAGAAAAGGUGGAAGUUAGAGAAGGGGUGAAGGCAAAGUUCUUUCUUAAUCUGUUAGGGUUAUGUGAAUCUGGUGGUGAGAAGCUGCUGGUUUUUAGCCAGUAUCUCCAGCCGCUCAAAUUCUUGGAAAGACUUGUGGUGAAAGUGAAGGGAUGGAGUCUAGGAAAAGAAAUUUUCGUUAUCACCGGUGACUCCAAUUCCGAAAAUAGAGAGUGGUCCAUGGAUUGCUUUAAUACGUCCACUGAUGCUAGGGUUUUCUUUGGUUCAAUAAAAGCAUGUGGGGAAGGGAUAUCUCUAGUUGGUGCCUCUCGUAUCAUUAUACUUGACGUCCAUUUGAAUCCAUCAGUUACCCGCCAAGCAAUAGGUCGGGCAUUCCGACCAGGUCAAGUGAAGAAAGUAUACACUUACAGGUUGGUUGCCGCUGAAUCACCGGAAGAGGAAGACCACUCUACUUGCUCUAAAAAGGAGUCCAUUUCAAAGAUGUGGUUUGAAUGGAAUGAAUGCUGUGGUCACAAAGAGUUUGAAAUGCAGUCUGUCAAUGUGAACGACUGUGGCGACCUCUUCUUGGAAUCCCCCAAGUUGAGUGAAGAUGUAAAAGCUCUGUAUAAAUGGUAAAUAGCGGAUAUGAGGCAUGGAUUAUAGACGUAAAUUAAACACCCAUCCUCUUUACUGAGUUUCAUGUCGGAGUUUUUCCGAAGUAAAGGUUUGUCAAGAAGUGCCGGAUGUUCCCUUUGGAACAAUUUUGUUUUUUUAUCCUUUGGCAGUCAAGUUUCUUCUGUUUAAGGUUUUGUAGAGCUAGUGUUAGUCCAAUCAGGAUCUUCAUUACUGCUUUGGUUUUUUUUUUGAACAAUGAUUCACUGCGGCUUUGUAUGUUGCAGCAAGUGAAUCUUGACUCUUUUUCAAUCUGCCAAACUUUGUGAAUGUUGCAGCAAGUGAAUCUCAACUCUUUUUCAAUCUGCCAAAACUUAGUAUAGUUGUCUUGUACAUUGACCAGCUUAUGGCACAAGAGCGUAACAGUGAAAUACAAAUAUCUGGAAAUUAUGCGGACAUUCCUAUCUGUUGAAGCCCGGUCUAAAGGCUCUAAGUGGAUGAUCAUAAACUUUCAUCCAUACGUUAUAUGUCUCGAUGUCCAUACAUAGUGUUGAUUGAUGUCUCAUCGACAUGAUUGAUAAUCUAGAUGAGCUUUAACAAUAAACCCUUCUCAAUCAUCAAAGUGGGCCCCCAUAACGGGGGCUCCUACGGACGCAUAGUCCCUUCGGAGUUCAUGAUCCAGACACAGGCUCGAGGAAACAGAAAUUCUGGGUGCAACCGUGCGGUAACACAAACAAGCAUAGUAGCACCAAAGCCAAGUGCCCACCUCCUAAAUAUCUUUGUUACCCAAGCCGAUCCAGUGUUUUAUUCCCAACCCCAAAGUUGAAGCAAUAUAUAUCUUACAAAUUCCUGCAGCCUAUAUAUGACAAAAAAAAUAAGCAUCUUAUCUUUACAAAUAUUCUAACCUUCCAAAUCUUUGGUCAUAGUACAUCCGUGUUCCAUAUACCUUAUAUGCAAAGGUUCUAACCCCUUUGAAGCCUAGUCCCCCCUUCUUCACUCCAGAGGAGCACAAAAAUUCACCAAACCAGUUUUCCCAUCAAACAUUUCUUAUGCUACAAAAUCAUGGAACAUAUGCGAGGAACCGAACCUUUGAGACCGGUUUCCGGAAUCCAUGCAGUCAAAAUCUGUUGUCUGAGGACUCACCGAAGACGGUGCAGUGUUAUAGACCUCAUCCCCUCUCAUGGUAACGAAACCGUGAUGAGUAUCAACGGUCAUUGGGAAUCCAUCACCCUCACGAUGCUGGAGUCCUAAUGUGAGAGAAACCCCAUUUCCAUUUCCAAAGCUUCCCAACUCUGAGAUCAUAAACCUCCCACUACCUCCAUCAGACUGAACAAUGGUGUUCGGAAAGAGAUUACUGUCAUCCAAACAAAGCCUUUGCUCCCCCUUCGACCUCAAUACCCCAUACUCAGUUUCAGUUCCCACCAUUUCCCCAUGGGGAAUGAGAUUGUGCUUCGAGUCGAGGUAUUGUCCGGUUCCAUGUCGCUCGGUGGGUACAGAAGUUGCACUUUGUUUGAAAUCUUCAUUUCUAUCCUCACAUGCAGUGAUAUCACCUUUUGUUGCUUUAGGUUCGCCUUCAGAUGAAGAAUUAGAGUCCAUCUCGGCAUCACCGGUCUCUUCUUUGUACAUCUCUUCAACCAUGGGCUUCCAGAGACGCACCCGUGCAUUUAUAAACCAGUUUGAGACCUGAGAUGAAAAAAGAAAGUAUAUCAGUACAUUAUACAAGUAGAACAAAUGACAAAAUGCUCCAUAAAUUUGAAAGAAAUGAAUUAUGAAGAAGCUAACCAACCUAUCAACUAUUUGUCAUGUUCAAGCCGAUAUUACUACUGUAAACCACCAUAUAUUACAUGAAUUGCUUGCAAAAUUCAAUCGAACCACCAAAUUGAAAUGCUCAAUCCGACUGCAGAGGUACACCGUACACCAGUCACCGAAUCAAGAAAAAACUUGCUAACCGAUUGGAAUGACUGCACUAGUUCAAGACAACCUCAAACUGAACUACUAAUCACCCCUGGGUCUUGACCCUCGAACGUUUAUAGGAAAUGGACACAACAAUUACACAGUUUUUUAGGCACUAGUAAGUUCUCACAACACAAACUUUUCUGUUUUGACUUUCCACUGCGUGUUUACGCUAAACUCAGCCAAAAUGACUUUUGAUCUAAAACAUGUGACUUACUCCGUAUGUUUUCUCUAAAAGGCUUUAUUUUCCUCUUUUUUUAUUCGUUCGUUCUUGCACUUCUUUUGACAUCAACACUGAAUUUAUAGCUGUUUCUAAGAUGUUCAUCGUAUCUCCUGGUUAUUCUUAAUCCACGAUGAAAUUUCAAAGGUAUCAGUGUCGUGCUGAUGCAGCAAACAAAAAUCAGGUACACUAAUGUCGAAGUUCAACCAACCGAAUCGUCUUUCAUAUCAUCAUAUGCCACCUUGAAUCCAUUGAUCAUAAGCAUAGCCUCAUAAUAAACAGAAGUUCUAUUACCUGACUUCUUGUCAAGCCCGUCUGCCUUGCUAGCAUGCUCUUAUCAGAAUCCUUAGGGUAACUGCACAAGAACCAAAGCAAAAUAAAACAAAACGAAAAAAACCAAUUAGAUGAAUAGACUUUCAGAACUUAACCAUACAAAAAUUAAAAAAGAAAGAAA